GGUUUCCUCCCCCGUUCCCGUUCCCCUCUCUCUCGCUCCGGUGGAGUGCCCCAAUCCUCCUCCUCCUCCCUCUUCCUCCCUCAACCCUACUCCGACGCGACACAGCCGCCGCGGAGCAAACGAAAACUAAAAAAGAAAGCGGGGGAGAUCGCGACGGGAUAAACGCUUGCGCCCGCCCCGAUUCGAUUCCCGCCGCGGGGGGCCGGAUUGGAUUGGAUCCUCGGAUCCCCCCCGCGCGGAGGGCAAUUCGGGCCCCAGAUCCCCGCGAUUCCGGCGGCGGGGGAUGAGAGGCCGGAGGGCAUGCCUGUGAUCACCCCUGGCGCGGCAGGAGUGAGGCGGCGCCAGCACCAGCGGCGGCGGGACAGCCUGUGCUUGAGGCCGUCCAGGAGGGGGUGGCGGUCGGUGAUCCGGGGCCCGAGGCGGCGGUGCCAUGUCUCGCUGCUUCCCGUUUCCGCCACCAGGAUAUGAGAAGACCGCGCGCCCCGACGCCCAGCUAGUCUCCAACCUGCAGCAGCUCGACAAGGAGAAACACAAAGAGAAGAAGCAUAAGAAGGACAAGGAUAAAAAAGAAGGUAAAGAAAAGAAGGAUAAAGAUAGGAGUAAGGAUAAGCACAAAGAUAAGAAGGAUCGAAAAGAAAAACACAAAGACAAGAAAAAAGACAGGAGCAAAGAUAAAAGCAGGGAAUCAGUAGAAGGAAUUGAAAGACAUGAUGAGACUCUCCAUGAUCAGAAGGUCGGAGAGAGCAGCAGGAGAUCUGAAGAAAAUAAGGAUCUUAAGUCCAGGGAGGAUUUGGUCAGAAAGAUACCGGAUGAGAAAGGGGCAGCGAUUCGACCUAUUGAAAAUUAUGCUGUUUCAAAUGAUAGAAGUCGUGGAGGCUUCAGUGCAUUGCCUGCAGUUGAGAAUGAAAGAUCUGCAGUUAAUAAAAUGCAGAUUCACCCUAGUAAAAAUGAGGGAUUGGGGCAGCAGAACAUCAACUUCAACCAACAGAAGAAUGGGGCAUCGAUACGACAUUCAGAAAACUUCACUACUUCAGCUCAAAGAACUGCUGCUGGUUUUACACCACCACAUACUAUGGAGGAAAGAGUCAAAGCUGGAAGGCCUCCCUCCAAUACUGAAGUCACACCCAGAAAAGAGGGGAUUGGACAGCGAAUCAGUAACAUUAGCAUAUUGGUUCGAAAGAGAACUGAGACUGCAAACAAAGAUGUUGCGAAUAAAGAAGUUGGCGCCUCCUCUCCAUUGCUUCCAAAUCAUGCUAAUACUAUGCAUAAGGGAAAUGGCAAGGUUGGUAGGCCAACGGAGAACACAGCAGCAUCUAUGCAGAGAUUCGACAGUCCAUCUACUUCCAGUGCAGCAGCGGGGAUAGAUAGAGGAGUACCUAGAUCAACUAUCCCAGGCACAACAAUUCGGAAGCCAAAUGGAAUGGUGCGAUCACCUGAAAACCUUUCUGUCUCUGCUAAUAAGCCUGAUGCUGGAGGCAUAUCACCUGCUAUGUGGAAGGAAAAAGAAGACGGGGGAAGGCUACCGCAAGCUAAUAUUUCAGCUGAUCAGAAACUGGUUAUGUCGAAACCUCCAGCUAUGGACAAAGCUGCAGAUGGAAGAGCUGAAAGAGCUAAUAUUUCAGCUGAUCAGAAACUGGUUAUGUCGAAACCUCCAGCUAUGGACAAAGCUGCAGAUGGAAGAGCUGAAAGGAUGGAGAAGGUUAGAGAUGAGGCACCUGAUGUUACCAAGAAAGAGGACAAAAAGAGUGAUCGGCACGAGAAAAAGAAAAGGAAAGAGAAAGAUAAACACAAAGAGAAGAAAAAGGAGAAAGAGGCAAAGAAGGAGAAAGCAGAACAUAAUCACAAAGAGCAAGAUAAGCUAAGAGAGAACAAUAUAAAUUAUCCAAUAGAUAGUCUCCACUUGAAGCCCUCAGGCCCUCCUUUAGCCCCACCAGUUGAUGAUGGAAAAUCUGUUGUGCCUGAUGAGAAGAAGCGAAAGAAUCAUGAGAUGAAUGGUUACUUACAAAACGUUCAUGAUAUGCGGCCUACAAAGUUGCCGAGACCAGCCCUCCCCAACAAUCGUGUGGAGAAUGGUACAGCAUCUCAUGUAGCCGCGCCACUCUCUUCUGUGAAGCCAGAAGCCCUAAAUAUUGAAAAGGCUGAAAGGCUCCACAAGAAGGAAGAGAAGUUCAAUGGCAACAAACAGGCUCAGCAGCAAUCUUCAGCUUCAGUCGAUCCAUUGGCUGCUUAUGAGAAUGGCACACCUUCUAGGAAGUCACCUCACCCAGACUGCAAGUAUCUUAGCCAGAUAUACAGCAUUCCUGAAGCACCUCAAAUGAUGGAAUGGCCUGAGCAUGAAGGUGAGGACUGGCUGUUCGACCAAGGUAGCAGCACCCAGUCAAGGAAGCCCAGUUCAGAGGCUGAUGGAGCACCCAUAGUGUGGGCUCAGGCUCUGAAAAUUGACCCUGGUGAUGUCAUUGCUUUACCAUAUGUCAUCCCGUAUUAGGUUGCUGAGCGGCGAUACCAACUCUAAAGCUGAAACAUCAAAGAACUAUACCAACUCUGCUUUUUUCUGCUAGCGCCCUUGCUACAACCCAAAGUGUGUAGCUUGGCAUGCUGGGAUGUUCCAUACAUUCACAGGUAGCUGUUGUGAUAACUGCAUGCACCAUUCGAGUUUGGGGGCUAGCGCGAAGCACUUGUGUGAGUCGACGCUGGCAGGGUAGUAGCCUGACUGAGUGCUUCGUGGAGAAACAGACAGUGUUGGUUGCCAAGAGGCUGGAUCCUGUAACGAAGUGGCUAGCUCUGUUAUCGCUGCACAAUUUUGAUCUGUAAGGUGUAAAAGAAUUUUAAUACUAAAAUGUACAUUAGAGAGGGGGGCUGAGGAGAGGGAAGACUUGAGAUUCUUCAUUGAUAGUAGUUGGAUGGAUUUGACCUACUGCCGCCUGAGAAAGAUGUGCUUCUGCUUGAUUUAUUGCAAAAAAAAAAAGUUGGCACCUCACCUUGACCUGUCUUUUGUAUAUAACUCUAGUUUUCAUAGAUGCUGAUGGGGUGGCUUACCUGAGGUUGUAACUUUACUUGUUGAUCGGCAUUUGUUGUUAAAGAGUCGUCAAUAUCACUAGUGAAUUUUGAAUUAGUAUGUCA